AGAUAGCAGAAUUUAUUGGUAGUAAAUGUGAGAAUUUUGAGGAUUAAUUUGAUAAAUGCCUUCAACAGAACUCCAAACUAGAGCUAAAAGCUCAAAGGGGGCCAAGGAGAAGAAACCAGAUCCCUUUGCUGAAGAACUUGUCACGCGUAAACUUAUGCGAAAUGGAAUACUAUCACAUGCCAUUGUGAUAAAUGCCAGUAAUUUUAAUGUCAGAGCAAACCAACCAAUCACAUUCAGGCCUUCUAGAUCUACCCGAAAGGCCCUGGCGAAGCUAAUACAAGGCGAUACAAUGGCACUCAACCCAGAUGGCAUCGACCUUGGCAUUGGUAAAGUGUAUAUGCCAGGAAAAGUGAUAGAAAACCGUGAGCUGUUUGCGACUGAUGGCCACUGUGGAGGUUUUACAGCAUUUCUAGUGAAGGACAUCUUAGUCUUAGGGGUGUUUAACCAUAAUGUUGAGACUGCUUGUAGGCUUAUCACAGAAGUAGCAAACUUUGUUCGAAUAAUUAAAAGUAGAGACUAAUGUAACACACCCACUCACGUUGCCAUGGGAAUAACAAGUAAAGUUAAAAUAGUUUGUUAUCUCUUUUGGACUAACUUGCCCAAGCUACAAAUGCAGGUCUUGUAUAAACAAACGUAAAAUAAAAUGUACAUUUUUAGUAUUAUUUAUUUAUUUUAACAUAAUUCAAUCUCAGAAAAUUUUGACUAUUCUUACAUCACAAAAAUGCAAAGUGGAGGCAACAGAAUAAUGCAGUGGCUUAUGUCAAACCGACUCAUAACUGGAGUAUCAAGAACUUUCAAAUGAACAAUGUCAUUUUUUGCUAAAACUGAUUAUAGAGAUAAUCAAACAUGAAAUUAGAAAUAAGAAUUAUUAUUCAGAUAAAAAUGUUAUACCAAUUGUUAUUAAUGUUAUUUUGGCAAUUAGAGAUUCACAACAUGUAAAUACUAGGUCAGCACCAACUUUC